AUGUCCAGCAUCACUCCCAUAGUCACAAUAGGCGCAGCUAUUGCCAUGCUCCUCUGCGCCGCCACCAUAGCAGCUGCACACUUUACCAACUCAAGGGCAAACGCCUUUCUAACGCUUCUGACCGGACUCGUCAGCGUCUCCAUCUGCAUCACGACACGCCACAUUCAAGUCGCACGAGCCCGCCGAGCAAGAACCUGGCCCAUACCACCGUUUGCCCCCCCAAAGGAUGCUGCACCCUCCCAAGGAGAGUACUUCCUCUUCGUCCUCGGCUCGGGCGGACACACCAAGGAAAUGCUCAUGAUGAUGGACGACGGCACCCCGCAUCAGGGCAGCUGCCAUCGUAGGUACCUCAUUUCCAGCGGGGACAGCAUGUCCGAGAGCCACCUGGACGAGUACGAAGCUGCGAUGAGGAGGGGGGCGUCCGCGCCCGGGACGUAUGACAAGCGCGUGGUGACACGUGCCCGACGUGUUCACCAGCCGCUAUGGUCGACGCCCUGGACGAGCUUGCUGAGCAUUGUCGACAUUUUCCCCGCGCUGCUGUCCCCGCCGCGGAACGGGGCUGCGAAGGAGGGACCGAAGUAUCCGGGCUUGAUUUUCUCCAACGGUCCGGCGACGGGGCUCCCUGUCGCGCUGGCGGUGCAUCUUUUGAAGGUGGUGGGCGUGGUGCCGCACGAAGCGAUGAAGUUUGUGUACAUCGAGUCUUGGGCGAGGAUUUCGACGCUUAGCCUGACGGGCAAGUUGUUGUAUUAUACGGGCAUCGCGGAUGCGUUUUACGUGCAGCAUGAGGAGGUGGCUGUCAAGUACGGAGUCAUGAAUGCCGGGCAGAUGGUGUUUAAUGCGCAGAGGCCACCACCAGUGACGAGCUCAUAA